AUGAUUGUGGACUUCAGGAAGAGCACUGUCCCCCCACCCCCACCCUCCGUGAUGGACUCCCCCAUCACCUCUGUGGAGUCCUUCCGUUUCCUGGGCACCACCAUCACCCAGGACCUCAAGUGGGAGCCGACCAUCAGCUCCCUCAUCAAGAAGGCCCAGCAGAGGAUGUACUUCCUGCGGCAGCUCAGGAAAGCCAAGCUGCCUGCACAGAUGUUGGUGCAGUUCUACACGGCCAUCAUCAUGUCCAUCCUCACCUCCUCCCGUCUGCAGAGCAUCCAGCCCACAGAGGAGGAGCUGAGUGCGAUCAGAGAGGCGCAGUCGCGGGCCCCUCACAGCCCCCUGGCCCCAGCUGAACUGUGCCUCCUCUCUCUGGGCUCCAUGUCUCACCUCAGCACCAGGCUCCAGCUCUGGGCCUUUGCUCUCGACUAUGACUCCAUGGAGCGAGAGAUAGCAGAGCCUCUGUUCCAUCUCAAACUGGCGAUGGAGCAGCUCUCGGACAGCAAAACCUUCAGAUGGAUCCUGGCCACUGUUUUAGCCAUCGGAAACUUCCUCAACGGACGCAAAGUGCGGGGCUUCGAGCUGUCCUACCUGUGUGAACUGUCUCGGGUCAGGGACACUCACUGCAGACAGCCGCUGCUCCUUCACGUCUGCACCCUCCUGCUCCACCUUUACCCACAAUCCUCAGACCUCUACUCUGACAUCACUGCGGUCACCAGGGCCGGCAAGUGUGACUACUCGCUGGUCCAGUCCAACCUGAGUCAGCUCGAGGCCUUGUGCAAAGCCUCAGGGGAGCAGCUGCGGGUCCUGGACAAGGCAGAUGAGAGGAGGGGGGUGAAGGCCAGAGGGACCAGUGACGGGACCAUGAGACCAAAGCUGCAGAGGCUUCUGAAGGAGAGCGAUGAGAGGCUGAGGGUGCUGAGGGCCGUGCACCGCAGAGUCAUCAACCGGUUCCACUCAUUCUUGCUGUUUUUGGGCUACUCUCGAUCCAUGGUGCGGGACACGCGGCCGGAAGAUUUCUGCAAAACCAUCAGUGAUUUCUCCUUGGAGUUCAGAGCCACGCGUCAAACCAUUCUCCACCAGCGAGAAAAAGAGAAGGAAAGAGAGAUAAAGGGAACAGGGAGCAGCACCCCAGUGGGACAGAGGAGGAGCCAGACACUCACACAGGACUGCGAAGAGCAAUAUAAACUUGAGGAAAUCCUAAAAACGGCAGAAACUUUGUAUCGACUGGACGUGACGCUGCCUCGGAACCGGCGAAGGAAAACCGACGGACAAGGAGUUUUCUCACAGAAAUUCAAGUGGUGA